AUGAACUGCGUGGGGUUAGCUAAAGUGUGGGAGAGCAAUGCCCAAAUUCGAGAUCGCCUACGUGGUGAGCGAAGGUUGCUGACCCAUCCUCCUGAGGAAAGUUUCUGCAAAUCGAACCGCCCGAAUUGCAUUUCCAAUGCUGAUGUUUUGAAACCCGUUCUGAAGAGAUUGGGGCAAGAUAAAAAACAUCGCUUGCCACACCUGGAAGCAUUCAAGGCAGAGGUAGAAACAAUACAUGAAAAAUGUGGCAUUACCUCAAUGGCAGAAAAAGGAAUCUACAAGUGCACGAUGGAACUAAAGCAGUUAGCUGGGUUCGUGAAGCGCCGAUCGAACAGGAAAGAGGUCACGAAGGAACGGGGCGCGAAUCUCGUCGAAAAGAAGAAGCAACUGAUGGAGAUGAUCGCCAAGAAGAAGGCCGAACUCGAGGCCAAGGCAGCUGCUGCCCAACGUGGUGCUGAGCAGAACCUUCCGCCUAUUGGUGGCCCACCGGAUUCGAACGAACCGUCUCCAAAGUCAUCCCCGAAGCCGAAAGGCAAAAUGAAGAAAGGAAUCUCUGCUGCGUCUGACUGGGAUGAGACCCAGCCUAUGGAGGAAAUGGAGAUGAACUUUGACAUGGCCAUGCCGUUGACGAAAGAAGAGGAGCAACAUACCGCAGCUCUUGUGGCUAAUAGCUUGCCGGAGGAGGUACCUGUUCUCACCCGCCGAGACCAAUUGAAGAUGAAGCAGGCAAAGGCUGAUGAAAAGAAGAAAGCGAAGGAUGCGAAGAAGGAGGAAAAGAAAAGUAAGGAAGAUCCAGGUGACGAAGCAGAGAAACCAGAGAAACGAGCUCGUGGCAGAAAGCGAACGCCUGCUGAGCCAUCUGAUGCAGGCCGUGCUGAGCCCAAAGCGAAAGGAAGGCGGAGGACUCAGCCCAAAGAUGAGGGCAAAGAGGAAGAAGUUGAGAAUGCCGAGGAGAACCAGGAGAACUUCGAGAUUGAGGCCGAGACCGAGACCAAGCCCACUAGCAGACCAAAGCGUGCUCCCAGAGCAAAACGUGCUGAUCCUGCUGAGGAGGAGAAGAAGCCCAUGGCCAAAGUGGCACCGAAGAGAAAGGCCAAGUCGGCCCCCAAGAGAGCACCGAAGGCCAAGUCCGGCCCCAAGAAAACAUCGAAGGCAGCUGAGGCUGAGGCUGAGGAGUCAAACAAGGAUGAGAUCGAUGCCAAGACGCCCCGAAAAGAGCUCUUCCAGUCAGAUGAAGAAUCAUCUGAUGAGGAGAGUGCACAUGAACGAGUUGACAAGAAAAGUGGGAAGGUGAAGCCUUUGAGCAGCAUCUUUGAGGAGGAUGCACCAGAACAGUGGAGAAGGUCAAGGGCGUCCAAUGAUGGGCCAUCUGCUUCCUCUGCCGCAGCUCCACCACCAGCUCCUGCUGUGAAGCCAAAAGGCAAAGGCCGAGGCAGGAAGGCGGCUAUGAGCCCUAUGGCAAAAAAGCUUGCCAAAAAGCGCAAACAGGCGAUGGAUGAUGUGAUGCAUGAGCAGCUCAAGGAGGAUGCCCAGCUUCAAGGCAUUUUCUGUCAGCAUUUGAAAGCGAUUGGCAGCUUGACCUAUGAUUCUCUCAAGGAGUACCUCGUGACGCAUGCGCCCAAGGAUUGCAACAAAUUCCUCCUUGAUGCUUAUUGGGGAAGGACGGCAUGUGGUGUGAAGUCGAAGGAGCUGGGGGGGAACAACAAGAGAUCCAUGCCGCUUGUGUCCUAUUUUGCCAGCUUUGGCACCGCUUCGACGUGGAAUGUCAACAUGACCCUCACCUAUCUUUCAGCUUGGCUGAUGGCUCAGUGGAUGGAUGACUUGAAGACGGAGGACGUUUCGAACUAUGCUGACCCCACCAGUGAUGUCAAGAGGCAUGAGGCAUUUAUCAAGUACAAUGCCAGUGCUCGACAUUGGCCGCAGAUUGCUGUGGAUGCCUCUGAAGGGGUGCAAAUGGGUGCUGGUAUUUGCUGUACUCUUGGUUAUUUGGACCGAGAUCGAUUCGAAGAGUUGGCAGGAGAUCACUCCACCUUCGCCUUUGUGGAGACCUUUGCAGGUCGUGCGGAGACGACCCGAAUGUUCCGUUGUGCUGACAUGCGGUCUGCUCGAAUGGACCUUCUCUACAUGUCACCUGUGAAAGAUGGUCAAAAUCCCAUGGAUUUAUGCACCCCCUCUGGGUUUGCGACUGCUCUUGCGGUGAUGCUACGUGGAGAUCAGGUGAGCAAAGUUUCUUGGCACAUGCUGCACUAUGGCGGCGAAACACCAAAGCGACACUACGCAAUGUCGAACAGCAGUGAAAUUGGCCACCUGAACCUUGGAAGUUUCAGUAUCAAAAAAUGGAAGGAAUUGAAAGACAGCCUCCAGAAAAAAGGCCAGCACAAACAACUGGUUACGCAUUACCAAGACUCCAAUGGGAAGAAGAGAUGGAAAGGUACGAAGAGUCUGCGUUCAAGUGAGUAG